AUGGCUUUAGUCUCUGGAGGAAGGUCUACUCUGAAUCCAAAUGCGCCAUUGUACAUCCCUGCUUCAAUGCGCCAAGUGGAGGACUUCUCACCAGAAUGGUGGAACUUAGUAACUACAUCCAGUUGGUUUCAUGAUUAUUGGCUCAGCCAGCACCAGGAACUGAGUGAGGAUUUCUUGGGUUAUGAGGAAGAUGGGUUUGGAGAUGCUGAUGUUGUUGAUCUGCUGCCGGAUAGUAUUGAUCUUGGUAUGGAUGAGGAGGACCUGAACAUGGAAGCUCAGUUUGAGGAAUUCCUCCGCUCCUCUGAAAUUGGACAGGAAUAUAAGCAAUCCUUCCCCAAGGGACUGAAUGAAAAUGGUUUUCUGAGGGGCUCUGAGACAGCAAUCAAGAGUCUGAAUUCACCAGUGGAGAAAGGACAGAAGUACGGUGCUGAACAAGUCAAGUUCCAGGAGAAGCCAGCAAAAUAUGUCAACCCAAAAUGCAGCCCUCGCCGCAUCCAGCAACCCCGUUAA